GUCCCGCCUAUCACCAUGGAGAUCUCGACAGUGACAGCUCUAGUGUAUAUGUGGAUGAAGCCUGUCCUUGGGUGUCUCAUUGCUGGAUCAGGCUUCAGUACGAAAAAACAAGCACAGAAACACAGACCGUUGAUUCUAAAAUCAGUCAAUAUAGUGAUGGGAUUGAUGUUCAACCCGCACCUUGUUCUGGCUUUGAUGACGUGGACAUUCCUCUGUCCCUCACAGUGUAAUGGCGCACAGGUGCCUUGUGCGGAAAAUGGAAAAUGCGUUGUGGAGAAAAAAGGCGUGAUAGAGGACAGGCUUCAUAAUAACGAUAAUUGCAAUACAGCAUUUGGACAAUAUUGUGUUUGUGAAGAUGGCUACGAAGGAGAUGGAUAUACCAGCUGCACUGAUAUCAACGAGUGCGACGCCAACCUUUGUUUGAAUAACGCCACCUGCGAAAAUCGCCCAGGCAGUUUUAAGUGUUACUGCCCUGGAGAUAUAUGGGGAUCCACUUGCAACAAAGUGCCGUGUGCGACAAAUGGGAAAUGCGUUGUGCAAAAAAAGUGGGGAAUAGAGGACAGGCUUCAUAAUAACGAUGGAUGCAACCAGGAAUAUGGACAAUAUUGUGUUUGUCUUGACGGCUUCGAAGGGGACGGAUAUACCAGUUGCAUUAGCUCCACCUAAUCAACUCCCACAUGAAGAAUAAAAGGAAGUAAUCUAUCUGCAAAUGAGAACAGAUAAUCCAAAAAAACAUAGAAAGAAAACAACUUUAUCCGCGGACGAGUUAAAUUACAUUGGCAUUUGCUGCAUCCACCCAAUUCGUGAAGAUGACAAUAUAGUUCAAGGACGAUAUAAAUUACAUUGGCAUUUACUGUAUCCACCCAAUUAAUGAAGAUUACAAUAAAGUAUUUUCGGCUCUGCA